GGAGUUUUUGAAAUAGUAACAAAUUGGAAUAUUGGAUUUGUGGAGUAUAAAUACAGCCGCCAAAUAGGAUGAUAUCACAGUCAGUUAACUUGUACAGUCAAACAAUGAAGUCUUUGAGUUUGUGCAUUUUUUUGGUAGCAGUUACGGCAUCAUCAGGCACACCGUGCCCUUUUUGUGGACCUGUCAAACGUGCUCCAGCAUACAAGCAACAAGGUCCACCAAUCACAACUAUCAUGCCAGUUCAAGCAAUGGAUAAGCAACAAGGGCCUCCGAUGACAACUAUUAUGCCAGUUGAAGCAAUGGAUAAACAGCAGGGGCCACCAAUCACAACUAUUAUGCCAUUUGAUGAGCCAGUCAAACGUGAUGCAGCUUACAAGCAACAGGGGCCACCAAUCACAACUCUCAUGCCAGUUGAGGCAAUGGAUAAACAGCAGGGGCCACCAAUCACAACUCUCAUGCCAGUUGAGGCAAUGGAUAAACAGCAGGGGCCACCAAUCACCACUAUCAUGCCAGUUGAAGCAAUGGAUAAGCAGCAGGGGCCACCAAUCACCACUAUCAUGCCAGUUGAGGCAAUGAAUAAGCAGCAGGGGCCACCAAUCACCACUAUCAUGCCAGUUGAAGCAAUGGAUAAGCAACAAGGGAUAUGUUGUAAUUAGUGUAAUGUAAUGUACUGUAGUAAUGAACAUAGCAAUUGCAUAUAUCUUGAUCAAUGAAUAGGCUCCCUGAAUGGAUUAGAACAUGUGAAAUAGAAUGUAUAGAACCCAAAUAAAUUUAAUACAAGAAAGAUUUCAUUGUUCUCCCGUAUAUAAACACUGUAUCGUGUGUGGGUUAAGUGGAAGAGGGGACUCUUAUAGCCUCAACUUCACCCACAUCUCUUGUAAUGUUAUAAAGUGCAAAUAAAAUACAUCUAUCUAUCCAUGUA